AUGUCUACAGAAAAAGUUCCGGAUGAUGCUGAGCUAGCUGAACCGGAAGAAGCACAGGACGAGCCCGACGUCACCGUCAUGAAGAAGCCCAGUGGCAAGGCCAAGGCUAAAGCCAAAGCUGUUAAAGCCAAGGCAGCCCCAAAGAAAGGUUUGGUCAAAUGUAAAGAUGAACCGAAGGACGACGAGAAAGAGGAGGACGACGACGACCAGCCGAUGAAGAAGCCGGCCUCCAAAGCCCCGAUGAAGAAGCCUGCCACCCCCAAGGGCGGUGGCAAGGCUGCUCAGAAAGCAGCAGCUUUGAAGAAAGCUGCCGCUGAGGCGAAGAAGGCAGAGGAAAAGAAGAAGAAAGAGGAGAAAAAGAGAAAGAGAGAAGAGGAGAUCGCCAGAGACUGGAAGUCGGGCCUCCAGGCGGACGACGACCACCAGGAGGGCGAGCGAGGAGAGGAGGAAGAGCUCGACGAUGAUCCGUGCAUGGCGACGUUUACGAAGAACAAGUCGACAGAGAAAGAGAAAAGCCUCCCGAAGAGCCUGUUCAUGGGAAAAUUUAACUUGAACGAAGAGACCUUUGCUCGUGGAUUGAUGGACAACGACUUCCGGCAGGUCAAAAAAAGUGAUGGGAGGAUUGAGUAUGCUUGGGGCCAAUCGGAGCACUCCACAACCCGUGGAAAGCAGUCGAAAACAACCCUCCAGACCCAAGCCCAGGGAAGCCGCCAAGACAUCGCGAAGUUCAGCAAGACUGCGAAGUCGUGGAAAAUCGGCUUGUUUGCCCAGUCGGACGACCCGGACGGAGACG